AUGUCUCUGAAGCAGGAAAUCGAAACCUGGGUGGCAGCCCUCGCCAGCUACGACAACAACGAGUUUGACGUCGCAUUGAAGGUCUUUGACCAGAUCUCCGACACGUCCAAGAUUCUGUUCAACUGCGGCGUGAUUCAUGCCACUCUCGGCGAGCAUGAGAAGGCGGUAGAUUGUUACCAGCGCGCUGUGCGUCUGGACCAAUACCUCGCCGUCGCAUACUUCCAACAGGGCGUCUCAAACUUCCUCAUGGGCGAUUUUGAGGAAGCCCUCGCCAACUUCAACGAUACCCUCCUCUACUUGCGCGGAAACAACAACAUUGACUACGAGCAAUUGGGCCUGAAAUUCAAGCUAUACUCCUGCGAGGUGCUUUUCAACCGCGGUCUCUGCUACAUUUACCUCCAGCAAAGAGACGCAGGUCUACAGGAUCUGUCCUUCGCAGCCAAAGAGAAGGUGGUGCCUGACCACGAUGUCAUUGACGAGGCCAUUCGCGAGGAAGCUGAGGGCUACACCGUCUUCUCCAUCCCCGUCGGUAUCGUCUACCGUCCCAACGAAGCGAAGGUAAAGAACUUGAAGACAAAAGACUAUCUCGGAAAGGCCCGUCUUGUCGCUGCGUCAGACCGGGCUAAUGCCUUCACUGGCUUCGCCGGUGCCGAGAUUAAGAAGGGAGGACAAGCUGCAAAAGACGAUAGGACUGAAGACAAGAUCUCCUACGCCGCGACCAACCUAGUCAAACCAGAGCUUCAGAGCAGAGCCCGCCAGCAGUCAGAGCCGCCGAUGAACCGUAAUAUGUUUCCACCUACACCGCCACCAGAGGCAGACAGGAGGUCUGGUGACAGGCGAUCUGGUGGAGAGCGAAGACCUGCUGCCGAUGCCCCGAUGAGCCGCGCACAGUCCGUACGAGGUGGCGGUCCUAAGCCCCAGCCUCUGAACCUCGGACGAGCUGCUUUCGACCAGCAAAGCAGCAACGAGCCCCCUCGCCGUCAGCCAACGCAGCGCUCCGCCUCUGAGCGACCACCACCAAGCCGCUCAGAGUCAACACGAGACCGAGCACAACGCGAUCCGCGAGACCAACGGGACCAACGGGACCAGCGGGACCAGCGAGACCAGCGAGAUCGUGACUACAGGCCACGACGUCGUGGGUCUGACGACGAUAUCAUCGACGACUACUAUGACAACGACUCAUACCCGCCUUCCCGUUCCAGUCGUGGCGCAUAUACUCGCUCAAAACAGAGCAGGCGGCCAGCUUACAUCGAGGAAGAGGACGAGGACGACUACGACGGUAGUGAUCUUGAUGAUGCUGAGUUUGAGAUGAUGUCCCGCUCGAAAUCUAGGAGACGAUCACCCGCUCGCUCCACCAGAUCGGGUGGUAGCAACCGCGGUGCAGGUAGUAAGAUCAGAGUCAAGGUUCACUCUAGUGACACGCGUUAUGUUUUCAUCAACUCGGAUCAACUGAUUACCGAAUUCUGGCAACAGAUUCGCGAGAAGUUUGGUGUGCGAAAUAAAUUCAAGGUGGAGUUCAAAGAUGAUGGCGACAUGAUCACCAUGGCCGACCAAGAUGAUCUUGACAUGGCCAUUCAGACGGCGAAGAGCGUUGCUAGAAAGGAAGGCAGCGAUAUGGCGAAGAUGGAGGUUUGGGUUAGAGAAGUAUAG